UAAAACCAGCUAAACGAUUCUAUAUGAUCGAUCGUGAAAGGAGAUGUAUGCCAGCACAGCAACCACCAUAUUAUAUAAUUUCAUACAUUUGGACAAUCUUCCUAUAAUUUUAUUUAAGAAAUCAUAAACCUCAACGUCCAUAGUAUUCAAAUGUUGCCAUAACAAUUCAUUGUUUCAUGAACUUAUUUCGAGCUAGCUAGUUCUAGUAAAGAGUUUUUGUACAGAUUUUGUUCUCUUCGAUGAUCAAUUAAUGAUAUAGCAUAGUUAUAUUUGUGCAAAAAGGUGUUUUAGCAGUAGAAAAUGAUGAAUGAUAAUUUACUUACCAGAAGCUUUAGCAAGCAUGAGCGAAAGAAAUUGGGGUAUGGGGCGUUGGCUGCGUGCUUGCUCAUUACGUUGAGUUUUUUCAUCGUCUUUAACCCUUAUUUGGGUCCUCUACCACUUUUGAAUUUCAUGCUAUCAACGGGGGAUGAUCAGAAACUAUUUGCUGUAAAUGACACAAGUAGCUCUUUGCAAAUGGACAAAGGUCUAUUCGUUAUUUAUUUUGAGGAUGCAGAAAUUAUUACAAUCAAUGAUGCAAGCAGCUCUCAGGAGGCAGUAGCUAGGGAUGCAGAAAUGGUUAGAAAUGAAAAGAAAUUGAUCAAUGAUACUGGCAGCUCCAGGCAAACAAUCAAUGAAAUUGUGAUUAAAGAUUCCCUGAUAGUCAAUGAUACAAGUAGCUCUCAGCAAAUAGCUACUGAUGCAGAUGCUGCAACAAUGAAUGAAAAGAUCGAGCUGCGCUGCAAUAUCAUGGGAAGAUCAGAGUUCUGCGAGAUAAAAGGGGACAUCAGGAUUGAUGGAAAUUCCUCCACUGCUUUCAUUGUCUCAUCUGAAACCGAUAUCUUGACAGCAGAAAACACCUCAUGGAGUAUUAGGCCUUAUGCGCGAAAAGAAGCUCUAGGGGAAAAGGAUUUUGCUAGGAAAUGGUCAGUAAAACUUGUAACUGAUCGCCCAGAUAUCCCUCGAUGCACUCGUAAUCACAGUGUUCCUGCAAUCCUUUUCUCUGUUGGGGGAUAUUCAGGAAACUUUUUCCAUGCCUUCACUGAUAUAAUUGUCCCACUAUACUCAACUGCUCAACCUUUUAAUAGAGAAGUACAAUUUCUCAUUACCAACAGAAAAUCUUCGUGGAUUGCAAAGUUCAAAACAUUAUUGGAGGCACUGUCUAGAUAUGAGAUCAUAGACAUCGAUGACAGACAUGAUAUGCAUUGCUUCCAGAGCCUAACAAUUGGCCUUAAAGGUCGAAACAACAAAGAGCUCAGUAUCGAUUCUUCCACCUCUCCAUAUUCUAUGAAGGACUUCACGCAGUUUUUAAGAAGAUGGUAUUCCUUAAAGAAAAUAACAGCAGCCAAAAUCAGGGAUGGCGAUAAGAGAAAGCCUCGGCUUCUAAUCAUUUCAAGAAAGAGAUCAAGAGCUUUCACAAAUGUUGGUGAAAUUGCUGAACUGGCAGAAAGCUUGAGCUACCAAGUAAUUGUCGCAGAGCCUGGGCCAGAUGUAUCAGGAUUUGCAAAAAUCAUCAACUCUUGUGAUGUAGUGAUGGGAGUUCAUGGUGCUGGCCUAACCAACAUUGUUUUCCUUCCUGAAAAUGCAAUCUUGAUUCAAGUAGUUCCAUUUGGAAGGGUAGAAUGGGCGUCAAGAGUCUCCUUUGAAGACCCUGCAAAGGACAUGAACAUAAGGUACUUGGACUACAAAAUUAAGGUAGAAGAGAGCACUUUGAUACAGCAAUACCCAGCCGACCAUGUAGUUUUAAGGGAUCCCUCUGUAAUCGGGAAACAGGGUUGGUUGGCAUUUCGUUCAAUAUACUUGGACAAGCAAAAUGUAACGCUAGAUGUGAAUAGGUUUAGACCCACUUUGGUAAAAGCUUUAGAACUUUUGCAUCAGUGAAUACGUUUCUCUCAUGAUACAAAGCAUUACCUCAUUGUUUUCUUACAAGUUUUACAGUAAAAAUUCAUUUUAUAUACA